ACUCCCCAUUUUCAAUCGAUCAAAGCUGUUUCUCGGGCUUUCAAAUUUCCGUUUCAUUUAAAUUAAAACCCUCUUUAUUUGAAUUAAAAUGAAAGCGAUCAUCGUCCUUUGAUUUCCAACAUUCUUUUUAAAUGAAUUAUGCUGCUGAUUGGCUUCAAAUUGAGAGAAAGUGUAGUAGCUGAUGAACAUUACAGAUUAUCUGUUGGGCUAUUCGCCUCCUAUUUGGGCGACUUUGAUUGCCGGAAUUUUUGUAGUCGUAACACUUUCGCUUUCAAUGUAUCUUAUUUUUGAGCACCUUUCUUCGUACAAGAAUCCUGAGGAGCAAAAGUUCUUGAUCGGCGUUGUUCUUAUGGUUCCUUGCUAUUCUGUAGAAUCGUUUGUAUCAUUGGUGCAUCCAUCAAUUAGUGUUGAUUGUUCAAUACUACGUGAUUGCUAUGAAUCAUUUGCGAUGUAUUGUUUUGGAAGAUACCUUAUUGGUUGCUUGGGUGGGGAAGAGAGGACAAUUGAUUUCAUGAGAAGACUAGGACGUGCAAGUUCUAAAGCUCCACUAUUGGGACACAGUUAUGAGAAAGGAACUAUUAAGCACCCUUUUCCUAUGAAAUAUUUCCUAAGCCCCUGGAAACUUGGUCGAUGGUUUUACCAAGUUGUCAAGUUCGGCAUUGUUCAAUAUAUGAUAAUUAAGAUAUUGACUGCUCUCUUAGCAGUAAUUCUUGAAGCUUUUGGUGUAUACUGUGAAGGAGAAUUCAGUUGGGGAUGUGGAUAUCCUUAUAUGGCAGUGGUUCUCAAUUUCAGUCAAACAUGGGCCUUUUACUGUUUACUUCAAUUCUAUACUGUCACAAAGGAUGAACUGGCACCCAUAAAACCAUUGGCCAAGUUUAUGACUUUUAAAUCAAUUGUGUUUUUGACUUGGUGGCAAGGUGUGGCAAUUGCCCUUUUUUAUGCUCUUGGUCUGUUCAAACAUCCGGUUGCCGAAGGCUUGCAUCUGAAGUCGAGUGUCCAAGACUUCAUCAUUUGUAUAGAGAUGGGCAUUGCUUCUGUUGUUCACCUGUAUGUUUUCCCUUCCAAACCGUAUGAGCUAAUGGGAGAUCGCAUUCCUGGAGGUGUUUCAGUCCUUGGAGACUAUGCAUCCGUUGAUUGCCCUAUAGAUCCUGAUGAGGUCAGAGAAAGUGAACGGCCUACAAAGCUACGCCUACCGCAGCCUGACAUAGAGGCUCGAAGUGGAAUGACCAUCAAAGAAUGUGUGAAGGACGUAUUUAUUGGUGGUGGUGAAUAUAUUGUAAAUGAUGUAAAAUUUACAGUAAAUCAAGCUGUUGAGCCAGUUGAGAAGGGGAUUACCAAGUUCAAUGAGAAACUGCAUAAGAUCUCUCAGAACAUAAAGAGGGACGACAAAGACCGGAAAAAGACAAAGGAUGAUAGUUGCGUUGCCACAUCUGAACCGAGGGUAAUUCGUGGUAUAGAUGACCCCCUCUUAAAUGGGAGCGUUAGCGAUAGCGCGCUCGCAAAGGGGAAGAAACGAUGUAGAAAAUCGGGAAGCUCUACUGGUGUAGAAAGUGGAGAUAGCACCUGCUAUCAAUGCUAUGGUGGAUAUCUCAUUAGGGGCCGUAGAUGGGUCACAAAGGAGUAAAAGCCUAGAUGAAUUGUCGCGGCUAUAUGAACCACGACUCGCCGACAUGAUUGCUUUGAGUCAUCUCCUGCUUUUAGUUUCUGCCCUGCUUGCUUGGUUGACAUGCCUAACAGCAUUCAUUAUUUCUGCCAAAUGCGGUUGAAGAUUCUUCUUUUUCCUUUCUUUCAAUUUUCCCGAAUUUGUUGCAUGAUUCAGACAUCUUUGCUCUAUUUUUUAGAGAGAGAUUCCGUCUAGGCAAGUGUUUUCUGGUCGAAUCAAGCUCGACUCAUGUCUGGAAAUCAUUGCCCAGAAACAAGUUAUGAACAGAUG